AAUUGUCACCAUUAUGCAUGGACAGCGAAGAGCGUCCGGUACGUGAUCAUAUUCUCCAUCAGUGGUGAUUUGUUGGUAUUUGCAUUUGCUCCGACUCCCCAAAGGCAAGGUUGACGCAAAGCUGUUUGUCCUUACUGUGUUGGAGGUUAAAGAAAUUGUAUGGAGGAGAUAACAACAAUAUCUGGACUCCUGCGUAUUGAUGCCGUAUAAAUAACGUAGUCAAGCUUACAUCAAAUGAUUAAGGUUGACACUAGAGGAAAGGCACUUCAGUCAGCAGAAUGAUGCACACGCAAUCACUCUCAAGCGCUCUCGUCCAUCAAAGGGCUUGGGUUCUGCUGAGCUUGUAACAUCCAUGGCAUCCACAUCCACAUACCAUAUCCACAUCACCUAUUUUCCUAUGCGAGCGCGAUGUGAGCCGGUGUUAUACAUUCUCGCAGAUUCGGGGGCCCAAUUUGAGUACGAAGAAAUUCCCCUUAUGAAGUGGGGGGAGAUGAAGAAGACAGGCCAAGUGACGCCCGCGAUAUUUCCAUAUUCUGGCGUGCCUGUUCUCCGUGUAACAGACGAGAGCUCUGAACAAAGGAGCGAAUUUCUGCUUGGAGAGACUUCAGCUAUCCUGUCUUACCUUGAGGAGAUCCUAGCACCGCCAGGAGCUACGUUGAACAAAGACCUCCCACUGCAAACCCGUGUGCGCACUCAAAUGAUCCGGGAAGCAUCUUUGUUCUUUACCAACAGGGUAUGGCAAAUGAGUGUGGAAAAGGAUUGGCUAGCACCACCGUCACGAGAUAAAAUUUGGAAGGCAAUCGUCGUACGAUACCUGCGCAACACAGAAGCUGCACUCAAAGAACUGCAGAAGGAGACGAAAGUAGUGCCAGCAGAGACGGACCAAUUGACUGCGCUUCAUGCAACAGUGGCAGCAGCCAUCACGUUUAUAGUGCAAGUAUUCCCAUCUGCCAAGCUGGGGUUGGGGUCUGGUGGGCAUUUUCCGUUGUGCAGGCAGCUAUGGAAGGCAGUUAUGACUCGCCCAAGGAUUGUUGCUUAUUGGGAGGAACAUAAGAUUGCCGAGAAGGCAUGGACGAUAACAGAGUAUGGGACAGCAGAGUGGAUUGCAAAGGAAGCAGCAAAGUAUGACUCGCCGUGGUUGCUGGUCAAGUUAUGACAGGCCGGGAUGUGUAGUACGUUCCCAAAAUCCACGUGAUAUGGGUGAUGUUCACUGCGUCUGACGCCAGUUAUAGGAGACUUACUGUAUGAUCUCGUGUCUCUUAAUGGUAUAUAGAUCCCGUCGUUAUUGCGAUUGGCAAAUGACACCGUAUCCCGCUCAGCGAGCGUAACUGGCAAAUGACCUCGCUUCUCAUGCACGCGAAAUGCCCCACAGGCCUCUCAUAAACAAAGCGGGAGUGUUUUUCGAAAUAUUCACUAUACGUACAAAUAAGUACUAGGCAGUCGAACCUGCAGUGUCGAGGGCAACAGCGAUGUGGUGACAUUCCAAUGGCACUACAAGCAAGCUACGAGGAUUAUCUUCUGAGUGGGGAUUUCUGCGAAGAAUGAGUACGUUGAAAACAAAGUUCAAUUGAAAGCCCGGAGA